UCCACAAUUACUUCGCCAAACAGUCUCUUUCGACGACCACCUCGGAUUUCUUUCUCCGUUCUCUACCGACUCAAGAAAUAAUUUAUAUGAUAAAAAUUUAAUAGGAUUUGAUCAGUUUGACGAUCCAAUGAUUGGUGGAAAUAAUUAUGGAGAGGAAGAAUGUGGAAAUAAUUUAAAUUUAUGCCCUCCUUUAAUGACAACAGAAAAUGUUCCUUUAAAUUUUCCCCAACAAACAAAUGAAUUAAUUAAAAAUGUAAAUUCUGAAGCUGAAAAACAGACAGAAUAUAUUCAAGAACACGAAGGCAUCACCAUAAUGGAUCACCCAGAACAAAAAGAACUUCAAGAAAAAACUUUCUGGCAAUUAAGUACAAAUCAGCAAUCAAGUAGUGUAAACGACUCCCCACCACCACUCCCCCCAAUUUCAACAAAACUACCCAACAAAAAUAAUUCUUUAUUAAACAAUGAAGAAAGGACAGUGAAACAAGAAUUAUCAGCUUCUAAUACGGAUGAAAUACAAAAUUAUAAUAAUACUGGGGAAGCUGCUAUAUUAGCUAAACAGGAGUUCCUUCAAUUAUUGCUGCAAAUAACGCCAGAAGAGCUUGAACACUUGAGAGCCAGAAAAGCCCUGCAAGCUCAAUCUAUUCAACAACCUCACAACCACCAACAAUUUAAUUACAACAAUACAUCCACCGUUCAAUCUUCCCAACCAAUAUUCAUCCAAACAGGACAACAACCCCAACAACUUCAAUACAAUCAAAAUCCUUCCAUUUAUACUCAGCAACAAAGCAGUCCCCCUUUGGAUCCACUUCCUCCUCUAGUACCUUAUCAAAUUGAUUAUGGUAUUGCUCAAUCUAUUAAUACGAUUAAUAAUCCGAUGGGACAUUAUGGAGUUCAACAGAUAGCACAACAACAACACCAACAAAUGGCCCAACCUUCAUAUUUUUACUCAUCCCCUUCCAGUGGUUGUUCUGCCGGCACUUUACUAUCCCCUCUAAGCAAUGGAGGAGUUUGUGGUUAUCCUAGUGUUGCUACUUCUGAUUUUUUGGAAGAAUCGGAUUCCCAAAUAGAUCAAGAUUAUUGGGGGGAAGGGGAAAUGACUGAAGGCGGUGAAAUGAAUUCAACAAAUUAUAAGAAUGACCAUGUGACUACGGGCAGUGAAGAGGGGAAUACUGGUCAUCGUGAACGUCAAGGCCGGAGGAAAUCCCACAAAACAGAAAGACGUACAGCCCACAAUUUAAUCGAAAAGAAAUAUCGUUGCUCUAUAAAUGAUCGAAUUAAUCAACUAAAAGAAAUGUUGGCUACUGAAGACAAUACAAAACUAAGCAAGUCAGCUACUCUUCGAAGAGCUGUAGAAAAUAUUCAUUCAUUGCGUGCCAAAAAUGCAGAGUUGGCAGGAGAAAAUGGGAGAUUGAGACGGGCGUUGGAAAUGGCUGGGUUGAGAGAUACAGGGAAAAUGGGAGGAAUAAAUAAAUCUUCAACAAUGAUUGUCGGGCAACAUACGGAACAACCAGAAAUAUUAUUGAAAGGGCCUAAUAUGCAAAGAAGCCGCAUUACUUCCUCAAUGAAAAAAUGUAACAACAAUAACACUUCAAUUUCUUCAACAACUGUCUCAUCAGUUGUUGGCCCCCGAGAUCAAUCACGUGUCACACUUUGUGUGUUUAUGUUCCUUUUAUUAAUUUAUAAUCCCCUGGCUUUUCUCUUCACCGAAAAUUCAACAAAUUCUUCAAAUUUUGGAGGAGAUUUACAGGAAAACACGGCUAUUUUUGGAAGGCAUCGAACUUUGACGGGGGAUGAUUUUUUUGUUAAAGAUAAUACAAAUAAAAUCCCCUUUACUUCUCAAUCCUAUGUUUCUGUUAAUUCUUUUGAACAUUGGCCUAAUUCUUCUUUACUGAGGCAUUCACUUAUUUGGCUGUUAAAUUGUUUGUUUGUUUUUGCGAUACUGAAUCGUUUAUUGGUUUCAGGGGAACCGGUUGCUGAUCGGCGAUCUCCUCGGUGGGGAACUUUUAUCCAAAGUCGUCGGAAAGCACAACAAGCUGUAGCUGCUGGUAAUUGGAAAGAGGCACAGCGAUGUUUGGGAGAAUCAUUACAGAUUUUGGAACGACCAUUACCCUCCUCUGGCGGUCUAGAUGAGUGGAUGUCUCUCAUUUGGCAGAUAAUUCGUCAUUUAUUAAAUGUUCUCUGGAUUGGCCGUUGGUUUGCCCGUCGUCGUCGUUCCAGCCUCCAGACACAAAAAUCCGUUUGUCGAAGUCAUGCAGCAACCUCAAUGGUUUACAACCAGCUACAUCAAUUGCAUUUAUUGGGGGUGGAUGGGAUUGGGUUGACACAACGUGGAGCCCUCAACAUAGCUUUGUUGGCGGCAAAUCUAGCCGAAUCAGCCGGAUCAUCUGCAAUUUCACACGCACUUAGAGCCGAAAUGUAUGCAUGUGCUGCUAUACGUUGUAGAUUAUGCUUGCCGCGGUGGCUGCGCUUGCCUAUAGCAGGCUAUUUCUUUAGGAGAGCAAAACGACAUGUCACCAAAAGCCAUCGUCUGGAAGGAAAUGCAGAACAAAUAUAUUCUCUUCAAUGGGCAUUCCACCCUUUAGCGCGGAAAUUCCUCGCAGACCCUCUUCGUUUGGCUGCUAUAUUAGACGGUAGUGGAGCUCAACAACAGACUAAUUUUCCGUUUACUGAUUCAACACAGUCUGCCAAACCUCUAGAAGUUUUACGUGACGCAUUCAAAAUUCAUUUACUCGAUGCUUUGUUAAAACAAAUUGACUCAUCUGAGGGUCUACGUGUUCCUGAUUUUGUAGAGCGUUCACAGCUGUUAUUACAAAUUUGUAUAGCUAAUGGAAAUGAUACGAGUGUGAAGUGCAAGGAGAAUGUAGGGGAAUCUAGCAGGACUGAUAGUGAAGCUCUCUCAGAUAUUUUAUUGUCAUCGAAUUCCUCAGCAGGUGAUGAGCUCUGUACCUGGUGGGCUCAUUUAUUAAGCAGUGCCCUUCACUGGCGUCAUGGGGAUAUGGCUAGAGCACGGCAACAUAACGCUAUUGUACGCAAAUGUCCUCAGAACCUAUUGCAGAGCGAUACAGCGUUGGCAGUCGGCUUGGCUUUUUGUUCCAGAAAAAUUUGUCUUGAAGAUAGAAAACAAAAAGCAUGGACAGAAAUAGCUCUGUUACACGUAGAGAAGGCUUUUGCUCAUUUACAGAGGGAAAAUCGGUUCCACAGAUGGCAAGUGCCUUUGGAGUGUCAAGGACAGGGAAUUGAUAAAAUACAAUGCCGAUUUCGACUUCUUUGUUGUCAAUGGAUUCUUUCAACUUUACUUGAUUUGUGCUCCUUUUCAAUAGGACCAGACAAAACGCCUUCACUUCAAAUUAAACAAUUAUACUCGAAUGUUUUGAACUUUAUUGAGAAAAAUGGCAUUGAACAAAUGGAACAAAGAAGGAUGACAAUGUUUAAAAACUUGGGAGAAACUCUUUGUGGAGUAGAAGCAAAACCUAUUUAA